CAUGGCAGAAGAACGAAUCCUCCCAGCCCAUACCGCUCUGGCCCCCGCCGACGCAAGUCUAUGGUCGCCCACUUCCGGUCCUUGCUCUGGCAGAGCCUGGUCAUAGAGCGGGCGGGCGAGGGUAGAGCGUCGGCGCGGUGUAUGCUGGGACGUGUGCGUGACUCCUCCAGGCCGCGCACAGCAGUGUGGAGCUGCCGCGGCCUCUCUGUCUCCCGCCCUGUGCUCGGUGUCCCCCGCCCGUCCCGGGUGUGGAGGCCGCUGGGGUCACACCGGUAAUAACCGAAAAUGCCGAAUUUUUGCGCAGCCCCGAACUGCACACGGAAGAGCACGCAGUCUGAUCUGGCCUUCUUCAGGUUCCCCCGGGACCCGAGCCGAUGUCAGAAGUGGGUUGAGAACUGUAGAAGAUCUGAUUUGGAGGACAAGACGCCUGAUCAGCUCAACAAGCACUACAGAUUAUGCGCCCAGCACUUUGAGGAUUCCAUGAUUUGUAGAAGUAGUCCAUACAGGACUGUGCUUCGGGAGAAUGCCAUCCCAACAAUAUUUGACCUCACGAGUCAUCUGGGUAACCCCGGCAGGCGCAGGAAGAGGAUAAAAGAGCUGAGUGAAGAUGAAAUAAGGACUCUAAAAGAAAAUAAAAUGGAUGCGGUGGUGCCCGAGAAAGAGAACCAUCAGAAUAAUAACAAUGACAUGGAAAUACAGAUUGUGGAGAUAGAACAGUCAGAGGAGGUUGCGGUGUUAACAGCAGAAGAAAGAGAAAACAAGGACUACCUGAAAACUUUAUUCGAGGUUGUGCUUUUCAUGGGCAAGCAGAACAUACCGUUAGAUGGUCGCAAUUGUGAAGUGCCCGAUGAGGUUUACGUGCCGGACAACUUUCAGGCUCUUCUUGAGUAUCGUAUAAAUUCGGGGGAUGAUGUUCUGAGAAGACGAUUUGAGAUCUUUGCUGUGAACCAGGAAUACUGCUCCCGGUCCCAGCAGGCGCAGAUGUUGGAGGUGUGCGAGAGUGUCCUAAGAGAGGAGGUGCUGCACGAUAUACGCAACUCCCAGUUCUUCUCUGUAAUUGCUGAGGACGCCGUGGAUUUAGCAGGAGAGGAGCACCAGCCUGUUUUUAUCAGGCAUUUGGAUGACGCCAACAACCUCAGAGAAGAGUUCAUUGGGUUUCUCCCGUGCGGAGCAGAUGCAGAAAUCCUGGCUGUGAACUUUCUUGCAACUGUGACAGAGAAAUGGCGCUUGAACAUGGAAUACUGUCGAGGGCAGUCUUUCGUGGCCUCAAGUAGACUCUCUUCCAAGAUGAAAAUCGUGACCUCGCGUUUGCUCCAAAAAUACCCACAAGCAACCUUCACUCUCUGUUCAUCCUGUGCCUUGAAUAUAUGGCUAGCAAACUCCACGCCUGUCACAGGCGUUUCCGUAGUAUUGGGCAUCCUAGAAGAUAUUUAUUUAUUUUUUAAAAACUCCCCCAACUUGCAGAAAGAGCUGGAGAGUACGAUCGCUAGUCUCUUCCUGGACAACGUGGAGAAGGGCUCUGAGCUUCAGGAAAUUGUGCAAUUGGAGUGGAUAAGAAGACACGACACGUUUGAAAUCAUUGUAGCUCUGCUUGAGUCGUUUGUCCUCUGCUUCGACAAAGUAGCUUGUGACAACUUGUUUCGAUGGAGCACCAGGGUAACCAGUCAUGCAUUUAUACUGUCAAGUGCCUUGACGGAUUUUGACUUUGUCGUUACUAUCGUAAUAUUGAAAAAUGCCCUUUCGUUUACCCGGGCUUUCGGAAAAAAUUUGCAAGGACAGACGUCUGACGUUUUCUCAGCGGCCAACAGCUUGACGGCAGUGUUGCAUACUUUGAACGAGGUAAUGGAGAACAUUGAAGUCUACCACGAGUUCUGGUUUGAGGAAGCUACUAAUCUGGCAACCAAGCUAGACAUCCCGGUGAAGCUCCCAGGUAGGUUCCGUAGAAUGCAGCAUGCCAAUUUGCAGCCCGACCUCACGGCGGAAAACUUUUAUAAAGAGGCGCUUAGCAUACCGACCAUCCAGCACGUCAUUCAAGGGCUGAAGGACAUCUUCUCGGAGCAACAUCUGAAAGCGCUCAAAUGCUUAUCCCUUAUCCCCUCUGUAAUGGGCCAGCUCAAAUUCAGCACUAGCGAGGAACACAAUACGGAUCUGUACAAAUGUGACCUCCCCAACCCAGACACGCUCUCUGCAGAGCUGCACUGUUGGCGCGUCAAAUGGAAACACAGAGGUAAAGACGUUGAGCUACCAUCCAACAUCUACGAGUCCCUCCACCUCCCCGAUAUUAAGUUCUUCCCGAACGUUCACGCCCUACUGAAGAUUUUGUGCAUUCUACCCGUCAUCAGAGUUGAAAGUGAGAAAUUUGAAACGGGCAGGAGGCGUUUGAAGCACUACCUGGAUAACACGCCGGCAGAACAGCGGUCACGACACCUGGCGUUUUUGAACGUAAACUAUGACACAAAACACGACUUGGAUUUAAUGGUGGACACCUAUAUGAAAAUGCUGUCGAAUAAUGUUAAACACGAACCCACAUCGCCCCAUUCAGAAAUUGCUGAAAAUGCUUGAAAGUGAUGCAACCCCUUUUUCCGCCUUUCUUUUAUUUUCCGACCGUCAUGGACUUAGCUGCUGUGGUUUGUUUUGGUCCUGACGCUUUGCCUUAAGUGACUGUUUUACAACACACAAAUACAAUUUAAUAUGCAGCAAUGUGGGUUAUGGCCGUGUAAAAGCUGUUUGCGACAGUAAUUAUUAUUAUUUUUUAAGAGUUUAUGGAGUCUACCUGUUAUUUGUAAUUGGACGUAGGCAAUUUCAGGAGAAGGAUGUGUUCAAUAAAUGAAGACCUAUAAAUAUAUACACAUUGCUAUUUAAUGGUUUUAUGGAUAAAUAUAAAUAUUUCAAAUGUAUACCAUGAAAUGUUGUACAAAUUGUUUUGUUUUUUUCUUUUGUUACUAAUUGCAACUUGAUACGUAGAAAUCCUUAGGUCCGCUAUGAAAUUGAUUUAGUAUAGUUACUAUGAAUUUAAGUGUUAUUAUAAAUUGGGUUGCUUCAGUUAAGCUUAAUAACAAAAGAUGUACAAAUUUCCUGUUUGUAUUUUUAUACUGAAAUUUCCAUUUUUUUUUUUUUUAAAUUGAAGAAAAAAAUAAAACUUUACUUGUAGAAAGUAAUGUAAGAAAAAAAGUUUUCGUCAGCAAUGAUUUUGACUGAGUACUUAUUUGUGUACUCUGAAUUCAACCUGAGGGUUCUACGUGUGAAUAAAAAUGGUACAUCAUUCCUUAA